CGUGUUUUUGAAAACGUUUCCAACGACGCCAGAUUUUACAUGUCGUGUAAUUUAUAGAUGAGUAUUGCUAAUAAAAGGCAAUCUCGAGCUUCUGAGGCCAGACCUAAUGAAAGAGAUAUUUCCAGAGCUUCUGUACUUACAAAUCGAACGACACCGCGCAGUUGGAAGAAGACGGACACAGCUAGUAAGGACACAGAAAAGAUGGGCGGCGAACUCCCUCAUGUAAAAAAUUCAGGCACUGUAAAAUGUCACCAGACUAAUCAAAAACAAGUAGCGAACAGUACAUCUCGAAGAGCCUUCAGUGAUAAAUAUGCGAAAUGCACAAAUCUUGACAGAAUCAUAAAAAUCCAGACGGAAUUAAAGUCACCUAUCACUACAAAUCCUACACUCAGGUCGAAACGUGCAAUAUGCCUCAGGGAUGAAAAGGAUUUUUUAAUUAAUUUCGACAAAAAGUACUCUAUACAAAACUAUCAGCCUUUAAAGCCAAGUGAUAAUUAUUAUGUAAAUAGACCAGUUUAUAAAUAUCCCUACAAUAUGUUAUCAGCGAAAUUGAAGGUAGUCAAAAAGAGUACACCUGUUAACCAAAUUGACCAGGCAAGUUGUAAGGAUUAUACAUCACCGAAUGCAAGCCAAAUCUCAGCAUGGCUUAUGCAAUGCAAUAAUGCUUCUGUGACAUUAGGCGAUACAAAGGAAACAGGCACUGAGCCAAAACUAGCAGUUGAUAAUGUACAAACGAAUUUAGACUCAAAAAAGCACCUCACCAGUUAUACUUCUUCACAUUCUACUGUGCAUAAAUCCAAGGAUAUUGUACCGGAAUUAAAUAAAAAGCAUACUUUCGGCAAACAAGAGACAAGAUCGACUUCACAUUCAAAAAGUCCUAAUCUCAAGUGUCCUACCAAACAGUUGGUUCAUUCAAAUCUUAAAAUAUUGGAAGAACAAAGUAAACUGAAUGAUCUGAGGCAAAACCAAUCUAAUGCCACCUAUGAAAAUCAAAAGUCAACGAAAUCCUCAGACGAGAUCUUAGAUUACAACGAAUCAGAUAUAAGCAAAAGUGGCAACAACAUAAAAUAUUAUGAUGUUAAUUCAACGAAUGCAACUGACUGGGCUAGUGUUUCUUCAUCGGAAUGGGGUGAUGAUAUGUGCGAAUUUGAUCGACAACAGUCUUUUCGUGUACAUGAAAUGUUUGAAGAGAUUGAUCGUAUUUUAUUCGAUAAUCCAAAUUUCGAUUCACAAGAUUUGACGCCGCUCAGGUAUAACGCCGCUGUAAAUACUACUACUUCUACUGUCGACAAAGCCUACAACCAUGAAGUGAAUGCCAAGUCUUCCGAUAUGUCUAUAUUCUCAUACAUUAAUGAUUUAAAUGAGGAGAAUUUAAAACUGUUAUGCUUAAACCCGGUGGUAAAUCUGAAUUCGCCUUUACAAUACGCCCAACAUCUGGACAAUCCAAGUGGGAUUCAAGACCAUUUGUUCUAUGAAUGUAAAGAUUGGUUAUCCAGAUUUCCGCAUUUACGUGUUGUUGGUAAACAGAUUGUCGCCUCAGAAGGCUUCAAGUCUACAACGUGUACUGGACAGCCAGGUAAUUCGAAUAUCGUAUCAGAUUGCUCUAAAUGCACUGACCUAUCGUGUAUAACGGAUAAAUCUACGGAUACUGGUGGGCAAACACUCAGUGAGACGGGAUCAAGUGAUACACAAAAUAGAAUGACAAAUUCUGAAUCAGCUGUAACAGUAAACGCCAACUGCAUGGAUGAAGAGAUCUUUGCUAUGGAUGGGAAUUAUGAAGAACUUUUAAUUGAUAGUCAACAGAAAAACCUUGUGGAACGAAGAAAUAAAACACCGUCAGAUGAACAAAAGCGUCAACAGCACCAGCACCAACAUCACCAGCAUCAUGAGCAUCGUGAGCAUCAGGAUAAGUCAUCAGUUAGUGAUAGACGAAAAUCGAUCUCCAAAGAACAGGUGGAUAACAAGCAUCAUCAGCAUCAUCAUGAUCAUCGAAUCAGUGUUGUUAAAAAGCAUCUGCCGAAUUCAGUUGAAAUGAUCCUAAGUGUAAUAUCACAACACUUAUGGAAGGAUCUAAUGGAUUGGUUGAGGAUCAGUUUAGUUGAAAAUAUGUCUGCAGUCUCGAAUAAAGGUGAUGUCAAUGCAAUUUAUCAAAAAAAUAUCCCUCAUCAUACUUUCCCAUUGCAUCGACUGCGAGAUAGCAUAUUAUCGCGGUGUAGUUCAUCAGUCGGUGAUACACAGAACUCCUUAUCCUUGCCGUCAUUUCGCCUGUCUAAACAAACAAAGCCUGUGAACACGGAUAUGUCAACACUUGGCAGUGGUCAAACUACUGUACAGACUAAUGAGUUCAAUGCCGAGCUGUCUGAUCUGUUGCAGAUUUCAACCAAAACGUUACAAAUGAGGGAGAAAUCAAUUAUUCAUGAAGUCAGUGACAACGCCAAUCGAUUACAACCUACUGCGGCUAGCCACGUUGCGACAGACUCACUGUGUAACCAUCCGUCUACUACUACUACUACUGCAACUAGUUUGCACUCAUCCUCAGUGUUUAUGACAACGGUCACAACAUCAGUAUCACGUGUCAGUCCACAACCUGCAGGAGGUUCUUUUGUUACACGGCCUGUCUCCAGCUUGCAUUGUAAAUCUCCGCAUUAUUUAACACGUAAAUGUGUACCUACGGCUAGUAGUGGUUGUAUAACAGAAAUACCAAGUCAUAGUGGCUCUAGUGGUGUUGGGGUUGUUGGUGUUGCUGCUAACCUACACCAUAAUGGGAGACUUGCCCCAUUGGACAAAAUACGUACACCCUUACCACCACCACCGCCAAUACAAUAUUCUUCACGCUUAGAAGAGAAUACUAUAUUCUCCUCAACAACACCAAUAACACCGACGAUACAGCUGGCGAACACAGAAUCCUCUACUCACUCAACUGGUACAUCUGCUUUAUCCAGAUGUCAUAAUUUCAAUGGUAACCAGUUUUUGUCUUCCAUCAUAGUCGGGCCUACACCAUCGCCACCAUCUCCACUAGCAUCAACAACAACAACAACUAAUGCAAUCGGUCAAAAUAUUCAAACAUCGACAAUACCAGCCAAUAUUUUGGGUGAUGGUGCAGCUUCUCGUAGUGUCAUUCUGCCACCGUUAUCUAAUUGUACUGUUAACUCCUCAUCAACAACAAUCAACACAAUUCCAGUAUCGAAUACUUCAUCGAAUCCGUUAACUAACACAGGAUUAAGCCUCCCAAGUCCUAAGAAUAAUUUGUCUCUAGCCCCUAAAACUGGAUUUGCGUUGCAUCAGCACGCUGGACAAGUCAAUCAACAUCCACCAUAUCUGCAUAAAGGUAUUAGUGGAAAUUUAGUUGCACAACAGAAUACUAAUAAUAGUUCUGUAAAUACAUCUGUAUAUACUCAAAGAAUAUCAUCAAAGUCAUCAACUCACCGUAAACAGAGUUCUACAAAACAGAUCACAUUCCCUCUACCGCCUAUUGAUACAUCCAAAGAGCGACUUGGCAACCAUCAAAAAUUGUGGCGUCCAUACAGUUCAAGACCGUCAAUAAUAACAAAAUCAAUAGCGAAUUCUUCAAGUAUACUGACAAGAGCUUGUUCGACUUUAUUAAUUCAAACUCCUGAAAUGUGUAGUGAUGCUUGUUCAGUAAAAAUAAAUCCUGCCAUUUUCAUCGGUUCAACCACGAACUGCUUGAGAAGUAAUGAUUCAGUAUCACAUUGA